AUGUCUUCGAACUUCGACCGUGGAACUAAGAGACGUCGCGAGUCGACUGGAUUCCAAGACUCGAAGAAGAAGCGGGGAGCGAAUGGUGUAGAGAACUACGCCUCUGACACGUCUCCUUGCAAUUGCAAGGGCUCUCAGAAAUGCGAGAAAUGCAAUAUGGUGCUACGCAUCAUGAACCAAGAUCGCCUGAAGGGAAUGCCGCCUCCAAUCAGCCCCGAAGCGACCUCUUCUUCGCCGCUCCCAUCAUCGGCUUCGACGGGCAGCAUGAGCACACACAAGGACGAGACCAGCCCAUCUGAGCUUAGGCCACUGGCAGCGGAGACCGAGAUGGAGGUUGACAUCCCAACCGGAGCUUCUGACCCAUUGCCAGACAAUGAGGAUGUUGGCAUGGAAGACGAUCGUGCAGAUGAUGGCGCAGGCAAUGAGCCAGAAGAUGGUGGUAAUGGAAACGAAGAAGCGGAGGCAGAGGCAGGUGAUGCAUCGACUAGACCGGCACGACCCGGACUGCGUCCCAAAGGCGAGCACCGCAUUGUCAUCUCAUUUGAACAUCACGACGGAGCCCCUGGUAGAGAUGUGUAUCCCGGAUACAACAAUGUCGGCGACAAUACGCAAGACACCCGCGACAUCUAUCAAGAACAGCUUCGAAAUGCCAUCGAUAUAGAUAUCACCGGUAAUCUGCGCACCCGAGAAGUCUUGCCAGGCGUGCCCGAUAAGACGCCGAUCUUUGUGCUUGACCUCAAGACCAAGAUGAUCUUGGAAGCUGGCGAACUGUACAAACAGGCUGGUGGGGAUCGCAAUAUUGUGUCCAAAUACUUGGAGAAGGCCAUGGACUUCCGCAUCGGCGAGGCAGAGUUCGCCCGAUUUAUUGUCUGCGAAGACAUCAUCAAGGCUCAUAAACUUCUCAUCUUCGAUCAGGGACUAGCACAAGGUAUCGAAAAGGGCCAGGCUAAUCAAUCUGCAAACAAUGCGCCGGAGAACGGGGAGGAAAAUGAUGAAACUCGCAAGACCUCUACAGAUACGCAAACCCAAGCAGAAUCUGCAACAAUGGAUGAAGAUGACACCACAAUGGUCGAUGCAGAGUCACAGUCUGACUGCGACUCACCAGACCAGAACAUCAAUACUGGAUCAGAGGCCACAGAUAAGGAGGCGAUGGAGAUCGACGAUGGUGAUAGAGCCCUUGUGCUUCAUGCUCAAGCCCGCCAAGCCCGCUAUCCUCCAGUCAACAUCCGCUUUGCACGAGAGGAUCUUCGCCCUUUGGUCCGCGCUCAGGCUCAAUCCGACAAUGAGCGCAGUCGGGCUCAAUAUCCUCAAUUGCAGAACGAUUUUCGGCGGGAAGAUCUUCGCCCAGCCCAGGAUCAGCAGGAACACCAUCCGCCAGCACCAAACGCUGGGCUCAUGCCACAGGACCAGCAGUCUCAGGAUCAACAGGGACAUGGACACCAUGACCAGCUGCAACACGUCCAGCCUAACAUCUUCUUGCCUGGGGCCCAGCCCGGCAUGGGAUUUCCAGCUGCAGGUAUCACGGUCUUCCACACUCAAGGCUUUACACAGACCAAUACAAUCGAGAUCGGAUUCGGUGGCCGCGAUGCUGGUCGAGCCCAGGCCCGGUCUCAGCGUGUAGCUUGGAACACGCACGGCACAACUUAUCUGCCUCAUCGACGACACGGUCUGCCUCGACAUCAUGACGCCCGGUAUAUGGAGCGGGACAAAGCACAUACGCACAAAGAAUGGCCGCCAUCUGGAAAAACCAAUACAACCAGCAAACUCCAAGGAGAUGCUUCGUAUUUGAGGUUGCUCGCCGGCAUGAGAAACUAUCCAACAUUUAGAGAUUGCGAAUUUGCACAAGCCAAGCAAGCCUUCAUCUCCGAAAUUACGAGCAUCUAUUGCGAAUUCGCAACUCAAUCGAAAAUGCCAGGCUCCAAGAGGAACCGUAACAUCUUCGAUAAAUAUGGAAAGACGACGCUAUCAAUCACGCAGACGAUUUUCGGCGCUAAGCACACCAGGUUUUCCGAUGACGAGGAGACGACACCUUCUGCCAAACGCCAAAAGAGAGAACACGAACCAACGAAUUCGACAAUCAAAAUGACUCCCAUCGAGAGCAGCGACAAUGCAGAAGCGACGAGUACUCCAGGAGCAGAUCACAGCUCUGAAUAUGCAUCCAAGCCAGCCUCAAAGACUCGCCGCCUGACCGACCAAGUCAAGCGGAAGCUAAAGAAUCCUGAGGGCACCACUUUGGGAAUGAAUUUGAAGUCCAAGACCCUUACCGGGAGCAAGACCAGCCAGUCUCAGGGACGUGCUAUCAAAGAUGGCAUCAGUCAAGGCUCAUUAGGCACAUCCGAUCCGCAAGAUGUCAAAACGACUCCCGCUGGCCUUUCACACACGGCCGAAGAUAUUCCAUCCACACCCACACCGGAAAAGGCAAGUGCUGAAAGUAUUCACUCAUCCAGCACCAGUGCCUACGAUGCUGGAGAUCCCGAAGAAGGUACUGAUGACGGCAACGACUCUCCAUCGAAUGAUAAGAACCAGAACAGAGAAGAACCAUCUCAAGCCAACGAGCCAGAAGAUUCUCGAGACCAUGACCCAAAGAUAAUUGUCUCUCGUGCUGAAGUAGGCAAGAACUACCACAAGAAAUACAAUUACUUGAGCGAUGACGAGAAAGUCGAACGAGACAACGUUGUACUCUUCCUCAAAAGACGCUGCGGGACUGAGAUCAAGUAUACACAGGAUCUUAUGCCGCUUGAUCGAAUACCAUACAACUGUCCGCACGAGGUCAGCAACCUUGGAAUGCCAUUCCUGAAUGCGCUGAGAAAGAUCUGGAGCCGAGCAGAUUACAAAAAGCAGAAGGUGUUCUAUUGGAUCGACAAUACGGCGAAAACGAAGUACCCUAGUCGUCCGAAUGCAAAACUUGGGUCAGAAGAUAUCAGGCAUGCGGCUGACCUCAUGCGUGACGCUGACGUGAGGGCUGAAACCGUGACAAGGGUUAUGGGUGCUCUUAGUGUUGAUCAUGUUUCUGGAUUCGAAGAGUACGAGAAGAAAGAGAACCUCGAUGAGACAAAGAAGGAUGAAAAGGAGAAGAAAGCCAGGUUUCGACGAUCGGCCGAGUUCUAG